GGCACGUCCUGCAGCCUCAGCCGCCUCUUCCGCCAUCCUCCGUAGGCUGCAUUCUCCCCUAGUGAGCGCCGGUCUUUGAGCCUUGCUCUUUCCUCGCUACCGACGUCGAAUCAUUAUGCGGUCAACAACCGCAGGUGGGUUAUGUGUCAUAGCCUGCCUGCGCUGGAGGGAAAAGGCCUGGUGCGAGAAGUGCCGAGGGGAAAGCCUGUCUAGGGUAUCGAGUGCUGGCCGAGGGCCCUGCACGCGGACUGGGACUGCGCCGGGCCCCGCUUUCCCUCAGACCCUCCACCCCCAGCGGCCCGGCGGCAUUUGUGAACAGCCAUCUGGGACUCCCACGCCUAGGCUUUUCGGCUUCACAGGCCUUCCACUCCCUCAGGGGUCCAGCCACAGCGGCUCAUUCCUGCCCCAGGGGUCCUUGCACUGGCUCUUCCGAGACCUCAGCAGGUCUUCCCUUCUGAUUUUCACUUACGAGACGCGUUCAGAUUCACUGCUUCAAAGGACUUCAGAAAGCAGUUGUCAGAUCUUAAUCUUGAACAACUGUUCACACCCAUACACUUUCUGCAUAGCGCUCACCACGACCCGGUGUUUCUAGUUUCUCAUUUACCUUCCACAUAAAUUACACGAGAACCUAAUCUUAACUUGUUCACAGGUGUAUCCUGAACACCUGAGACAAGGAAUAGAUGUACAGUAUAUACUUGAUGAGUUAAUGAAUGGCCCACAUAGAAGCCGAAAAUUUUUAAAUGAUUAACAAGGUAUGAUUGGCCGGGCGGAGCACUUCGGGAGGCUGAGGCAGGAGGAUCGAUUGAGCCCAGAAGCUCUAGACCACCACACUCGUCCCCGUCUCUACAAAAAGUACAAAAAUCAGCCAGGCGUUGUGUUGCAAGCCUAUGGUCCUAGCCUCUUGGAGGGCUGAGGUGGGAGGAUCGCUUGAGCUGGGGAGAUGGAGGCUGCAGUGAGCUAUAAUCGCGCCGCUCACUACACUUCAGCCUGGGCGACAGAGCGAAACCCUGUUUCAGAAAUAUGAAAAGUAUGACUGGCCAUCAUGGAGUUGUGAACAUAAUGCUAUGUGAUCGCAGAGAAGCAAGUAGCUAAUUGCUUGUGAGAAAGUGACUAACUGCUGAAAUAUAGUUACAAAAUGGGAUCCAGUUGUGGCCAGUGAAGCAUGAAGAGACUCUAGAGAUUUUACGAGAACUGCUGAAGCCCUCUUGCAAGAAACCCGACGAUAAGGCCUACUCGAAUGAUGGAAAGCAGUUCAUGUUAAUGACAAAGAGGAGGCCCAGCCUCGUGAUGAGGAAUAGCAAGGAGAGAAUUCAGCUCCAGUUCAAAAGCCUACAAAAUCUGAGACUGUCAUUGCUUUUAUAAGGAUUCCAGCUUUCCCUCCUGGCCAGAAAUGUUCAGCCUGGACUCAUUCAGAAAAGAUCGGGCCCAGCACAGGCAGCGUCAGUGCAAACUUCCCCCACCCCGCCUUCCACCCAUGUGUGUCAACCCUGCCCCAGGAGGGACCAUCUCUCGAGCUUCUAGGGACCUAUUAAAAGAGUUCCCACAGCCCAAAAAUCUUCUCAACAGUGUGAUUGGAAGAGCCCUCGGCAUCUCACAUGCAAAAGACAAACUAGUCUACGUGCACACAAAUGGACCGAAGAAAAAGAAAGUCACACUGCACAUAAAGUGGCCCAAGAGCGUGGAGGUAGAAGGCUAUGGCAGCAAGAAGAUUGAUGCUGAGCGGCAGGCUGCAGCUGCGGCCUGCCAGCUGUUCAAGGGUUGGGGUCUGCUGGGUCCCCGGAAUGAGUUGUUUGACGCAGCCAAAUACCGAGUGCUAGCUGAUCGCUUUGGCUCCCCUGCCGACAGCUGGUGGCGUCCGGAACCCACCAUGCCCCCUACUUCCUGGCGGCAGCUGAAUCCGGAGAGCAUUCGACCAGGGGGACCUGGGGGCCUAUCCCGCUCUUUAGGCCGGGAAGAAGAGGAGGAUGAGGAGGAAGAGCUAGAAGAAGGGACCAUAGAUGUUACCGACUUCUUGUCCAUGACCCAGCAGGAUUCCCAUACUCCACUCAGGGACUCAAGGGGGAGUUCCUUUGAGAUGACAGAUGACGACAGUGCCAUUAGGGCUCUGACCCAGUUUCCACUUCCCAAGAACCUUCUGGCCAAGGUGAUUCAGAUUGCAACGUCAUCCUCCACAGCUAAGAACCUCAUGCAGUUCCAUACUGUGGGCACCAAGACCAAGCUGUCUACACUCACCCUGCUCUGGCCCUGCCCCAUGACCUUUGUUGCCAAAGGGCGCCGCAAAGCAGAGGCUGAGAAUAAGGCGGCAGCCUUGGCCUGCAAGAAACUGAAGAGCCUGGGCCUGGUGGACAGGAACAACGAACCGCUUACACACGCCAUGUAUAACCUGGCCUCUUUGCGUGAGCUGGGUGAGACCCAGCGCCGACCAUGCACCAUCCAGGUGCCCGAGCCCAUCCUCCGCAAGAUAGAGACCUUCCUGAACCAUUACCCUGUGGAGAGUUCAUGGAUCGCCCCGGAACUCCGGCUGCAGAGUGAUGACAUCUUGCCCUUGGGCAAGGACUCAGGGCCUCUGAGUGACCCUAUCACAGGCAAGCCCUACGUGCCCCUGUUGGAAGCAGAGGAGGUACGUCUCAGCCAGAGUCUGCUAGAACUGUGGCGGCGGCGAGGGCCGGUCUGGCAGGAGGCACCCCAGCUACCUGUGGAUCCACAUCGGGACACCAUCCUCAACGCCAUUGAGCAGCACCCGGUGGUGGUCAUCUCUGGGGACACGGGCUGUGGGAAGACCACGCGCAUCCCCCAGCUGUUGCUGGAGCGCUAUGUGACCGAGGGCCGCGGUGCCCGCUGCAAUGUGAUCAUCACCCAACCUCGCCGCAUCUCUGCUGUGUCUGUGGCACAGCGGGUCAGCCACGAACUGGGCCCCUCCCUGCGCCGGAACGUGGGCUUCCAGGUGCGGUUGGAAAGUAAGCCCCCAGCCCGAGGCGGGGCCCUGCUCUUCUGCACUGUGGGUAUCCUGCUGCGUAAGCUGCAGAGCAACCCCAGCCUGGAGGGCGUGAGCCAUGUCAUCGUGGAUGAGGUGCAUGAGCGGGACGUGAACACAGACUUUCUGCUGAUCCUGCUCAAGGGCCUGCAGCGGCUCAACCCGGCCCUGCGGCUGGUGCUCAUGAGUGCCACAGGGGACAAUGAGCGCUUCUCCCGAUACUUUGGUGGCUGCCCGGUCAUCAAGGUGCCUGGCUUCAUGUACCCAGUCAAGGAGCACUACCUGGAGGACAUCCUGGCCAAGUUGGGCAAGCACCAGUACCUGCACCGGCACCGGCACCAUGAGUCUGAGGAUGAAUGCGCACUCGAUUUGGACCUUGUGACUGAUCUGGUUCUGCACAUCGAUGCUCGCGGGGAACCAGGUGGGAUCCUGUGCUUCCUGCCUGGGUGGCAGGAGAUCAAAGGAGUGCAGCAGCGCCUCCAGGAGGCCCUGGGCAUGCACGAGAGCAAGUACCUCAUCCUGCCAGUACACUCCAACAUCCCCAUGAUGGAUCAGAAGGCCAUAUUCCAGCAGCCUCCAGUUGGGGUGCGCAAGAUUGUCUUGGCCACCAACAUUGCUGAGACUUCCAUCACAAUCAAUGACAUCGUGCAUGUGGUGGACAGUGGCCUGCACAAGGAAGAACGCUAUGACCUGAAGACCAAGGUGUCCUGCCUGGAGACAGUGUGGGUGUCAAGAGCCAAUGUGAUCCAGCGCCGGGGCCGGGCAGGCCGCUGCCAGUCCGGCUUUGCCUACCACUUGUUCCCUCGAAGCCGGCUGGAGAAAAUGGUCCCUUUCCAAGUACCAGAGAUCCUGCGCACACCUCUCGAGAAUCUGGUGCUGCAAGCAAAAAUCCACAUGCCUGAGAAGACGGCGGUGGAGUUCCUGUCCAAGGCUGUGGACAGUCCAAACAUCAAGGCAGUGGACGAGGCUGUGAUCUUGCUCCAGGAGAUCGGGGUGCUGGACCAGCGGGAGUACCUGACCACCCUGGGGCAGCGCCUGGCUCACAUCUCCACCGACCCCCGGCUGGCCAAGGCCAUUGUGUUGGCUGCCAUCUUCCGUUGCCUGCACCCACUAUUGGUGGUCGUUUCCUGCCUCACCCGGGACCCCUUCAGCAGCAGCCUACAGAACCGGGCAGAGGUGGACAAGGUGAAAGCACUGUUGAGCCAUGACAGCGGCAGUGACCACCUAGCCUUUGUGCGGGCUGUCGCCGGCUGGGAGGAGGUGCUGCGUUGGCAGGACCGCAGCUCCCGGGAGAAUUACCUGGAGGAAAACCUGCUCUACGCACCCAGCCUGCGCUUCAUCCACGGACUCAUCAAGCAGUUCUCAGAGAACAUUUAUGAGGCCUUCCUGGUGGGGAAGCCCUCGGACUGCACCCUGGCCUCCGCCCAGUGCAAUGAGUACAGUGAGGAGGAGGAGCUGGUGAAGGGCGUGCUGAUGGCCGGCCUCUACCCCAACCUCAUCCAGGUGAGGCAGGGCAAGGUCACCCGGCAGGGGAAGUUCAAGCCCAACAGCGUCACAUAUAGGACCAAAUCAGGCAACAUCCUGCUGCACAAGUCGACCAUUAACAGGGAGGCCACACGGUUACGGAGCCGAUGGCUGACGUAUUUCAUGGCAGUCAAGUCCAAUGGCAGCGUCUUCGUCCGGGACUCCUCUCAGGUGCACCCGCUAGCUGUGCUGCUCCUGACCGACGGGGACGUGCACAUCCGUGAUGACGGGCGCCGGGCCACCAUCUCACUGAGCGACAGUGACCUGCUGCGGCUGGAGGGUGACUCGCGUACCGUGCGGCUGCUGAAGGAGCUGCGGCGGGCCCUGGGCCGCAUGGUGGAGCGGAGCCUGCGCAGCGAGCUGGCUGCACUUCCCCCCAGCGUGCAGGAGGAGCACGGGCAGCUGCUUGCGCUACUGGCAGAGCUGCUGCGAGGACCCUGUGGCAGCUUUGAUGUGCGCAAGACAGCUGACGACUGAGCCCUGCUUCUGCUGGGGCUGUGUACAGAGUGCAAAUGUUUAUUUAAAAUAAAGUUCUAUUUAUCCCUUGUGA